UUACAAAGUACCGCAUUUUAUUUUACCUUUUGAGAUAUAGUGUUACAGAUUGAUUGAAAUUGCUAGACUUUUUCCAGUAAAUAUUGACCAUGGCUAUGACGUCCUCACAGGUGAAACGAGAACAACAAAAUAAUCUAACGACCGGCACGGGAUGGCCACGUAGAAACAGCCAAAACACCGCUAACACUCCGGCACAAACAAACACAUUCACACCGACCACGAUCAACAGGAUAAUAAACCUGUAUCCUUUAACGAACUACAUAUUCGGCACGAAGGAGCCGCUCUUCGAGAAGGACCCCAGCGUUCCUGCUAGGUUCCAAAGAAUGAGAGAUGAAUUCGAAAGGAUCGGAAUGAGGCGAAGCGUAGAAGGUGUGCUGUUGGUGCACGAGCACGGCCUGCCGCACGUGUUGCUAUUGCAACUCGGAACGACGUUCUUCAAACUUCCAGGAGGCGAACUGAACCCGGGCGAGGACGAGGUGGAGGGCCUCAAGAGGCUCCUAACGGAAACCUUGGGCAGAUUGGACGGAGUCAAGCAGGAAUGGGUAAUAGAAGAUAUCAUCGGUAAUUGGUGGAGACCGAAUUUCGAACCUCCCCAAUACCCGUAUAUUGCUUCUCACAUAACUAAACCCAAAGAGCACAAACGCUUGUUUUUGGUUCAGCUGCAGGAGAAGGCUCUAUUCGCUGUGCCCAAGAAUUACAAAUUGGUGGCCGCUCCACUGUUUGAACUCUUCGACAAUUCUCAAGGAUACGGGCCGAUCAUUUCUUCUUUACCUCAGGCUUUAUGCAGAUUUCAGUUUAUAUACAUGUGACCUGUGGAAUUGGGACCCAAUGAAAGUGUAAAACCCUUAAAAUAAGUAAAACUGUUUGUCGACGUUUGUUUUGAUUUUAGUGAGAUUGAUUGGAAUUAGUUUUUUUUUUUUUCGUUAAUUAUAUAUUUUUCAAGAACUAGUGUUAUUUCGAAUCGGCUAAUUAUGUUGUGUUAAUUAGUUGCGUAGACCGGAGUAAAGAUGAAAUAGUUAUCUAGAUUUAGUUUAUUUAGUAAAUGUAAAGAUCUUACUUUUAAUUUGGAUUCAUGAGUAAUGUACGUAAAUUACAGAAAUGAACUUGCGUUGUUACAAAUAACAAUAAAUUACAUAUUAGGGAUUUAUUUUAUAAUGUUAAUUUUUCGCAUAUUGUGUUGUUAAUCUUAUAGAUUUUCCCUAUAAUCAUUGGAAAUUUUAAAUGAAAAUACAUUAUUACUGAUAUAGCUUGUAAUAUGUGUGAAUGUUAAUAAAAUCAUAUAAGGUGAAAUUACAAUUUUGUAGAUUUAGUAGGUACUUUUUUAUAAGUAAAAAUUUACUACUUUCAUAGUUCUUGAUAAGUAUUUAAUUAAGGUUUGUGAAAACCAACAAUAUUUUAUAUUUGUAAUGAACUAUCCACAUUCUCUCGACAUUUUCCAAUUACUUUAUAAGCGGCUAUUUAAUAAAAAA